AUGGAUCCUUUCCAGAACAUGAAGAAACACUCUGUGUGGGAACCUGGACAUCUCCAGAGUGGCCGGUGGUUUCCAGAAGAUGGUGCCUCCAACGGCAAACCCAAACGGACAUCGAUCGGGAGGAGGGACACAGGCCAGUUCCAAGCACCAGAAGGUGCUCUUACUGGGAAGACGUUUGCGGGCCCCCUCUUAGAUCUGUUUCUGUCCAGGUCACAUCUGCAUCUCCUCAGCAAGACUUACUGUCAGCUGAACAAGAAGUUCAGUGGGCACACGUAUGAAUACGGAAGACAAGAAGAAAUAAAACCAGGAAGGCAAGCAAGAGAUCUGGAGUUGCGUGCCGGCACGCUUUAUGUUUUGGAUCCUACUCUGAAACGCGUAAAGAUUGCUGAUAGCCUGGUCUCCACUGUCGACUGUAUACGAUAUCACCAAGAUAAAAGGUAUGCCCAGGGCCGGGGGUUCAUUACCAAGGCCAUCAACAGCUGUCACACUUCCUCCCUCCCUACCCCUGAGGACAAGGAGCAAGCCCAACAGAUCCAUCACGAAGACCUUCUGAACGUGAUACUCCGAGUGUUGCGGUCCUGGAAUGACCCCCUGUAUCACCUCGUCACGGAAGUGCGAGGACUGCACGAAGCCCCCGAUGCUAUUCUGUCCAGAGCCAUUGAGAUCGAGGAGCAAAACAGGAGGCUUCUAGAGGGCAUGGAGAAGAUAGUGCACCAGGUUCAUCCCGGAGUCAGAGAAAACGAGGUCUACUCCGUCUGGUCCGGACUCCCGUCCCUGCAGAUGGCUGAUGAAGACUCUCGCCUCUUUGCUUUUUAUAACCUGCUCCACUGCCUACGCAGGGAUUCACAUAAGAUUGACAGUUAUCUCAAGCUUCUGAAGUGCCGAAUCGUCUACGACAGCAACUGCUAAGCCCGUAUCUGUCCCAUCUAUUUCUGGAAGGGUCCCUAAUGAUCCGUCCCGCAGCAAGCUCCUCUUAGUGUUAUAGCUUUUUAAUGCGCGCAUGGGUGUAAUGGGUCUCAUCUUAAAAAAUAAAAACGGACUCCUCCGAGACAUCAAAAUC